UUUCGGGAAAUGAACAUUCAGCGGCAGCGACUUUUAUUUUGAAAUCAUUUAAAAGUCGCUGGAUAUGCUGCGCCUUGCUCAAAGUGAGUGCUGUGCUUGUGAAUCGUGAACUUCAAGAGCAGGCGAUAUCCCCCUCGACGGGUUUGAACUGCACUGCAAGGUGUGAGAAUGCUGCCUGCCUUCACGAGCCUCAGACACUGUGCCACAACCACGAUGAGGAGAGCAGCGUCUGAGUUCAGAAUGACUGUCCCAUGGGGAGAGAUGAGAGGUCAGGUUUGGGGUCCUUCUAAUGGCCGUCCCGUGCUGUGCUUGCACGGUUGGGCUGACAACUGCGGGACGUUCAAUACCCUGGUUCCAUUGCUUCCUAAAGACUGGAGAUUCGUAGCCAUUGACUUUCCAGGUCAUGGUCUCUCGUCUCAUAGACCUGAUGGAUGCUUUUACAGCUUCCCUUUGUACGUGGCAGAUGUGCGGCGAGUUGUAGAAGCUCUUCAGUGGAAACGAUUCUCUAUCAUUGGACAUAGUAUGGGUGGGAAUGUGGCAGGAAUAUUUAGUGCCUUGUACCCAGAGAUGGUUGAUGCCGUAGUUCUCCUGGAUACUUAUGGAUUCCUCCCAACACAAGUGACUGAGAUGUUUAAGAACAUGAGGAAAGGGGUGAAUGAUCAAAUCCAGUAUGACAACAAGACGGAGGAGAGGAAAGAGAAGGUGUACACAUAUGAGAAAGCUAAAGGAAGGUUGAGGGCUGCAAACCCCUCCCUUUCCGAUCAGUCUGCAGACAUUCUGUUAGAGCGAGCGGUCAGAGAAGUUGAGGGAGGAUUUGUAUUCACCAGAGAUUUCAGGAUCAACCUGAAAAACAUUGUGAAUAAUAAUAUGGAACAGUGCCUCCACAUGAUAUCAGUAGUUAAAGCCCCGGUGAUGAUACUGCUGGCCAAAGACGGCUUGUUCAAAACAUUUACUCUACCGAAUGGAUAUCUUGAUAAGAUUCUGAAGAGCUGGAAUGAUCAAAAAGCCACCAUUGUUGAUGUGGAAGGGGAUCAUCAUAUUCACCUCAACAAACCUGAGUCCGUGGCCUCCAUAAUCACUGAUUUUCUUCAGUCACACAGUUCUGACAAAACAGAGAGCGAAUCUAGCAAUAACAAGUCUUCCAAAUUAUAGCGCACACAUGCUGAUUCAAAUAAUGAAGUAGUCUAUACUCAUUCAAAAUACUCAUACCAUUCACCAGUUCUUGAUACUGUAAUAUUUUAAGCAUCACAAACCUAAAAUUAUUAUUUUUUUAAUAUACAAAAGCUGUUUUAUUAGAAAACGUUAAGAACAUUUCCAGCAUUUUGCACUAUCCAUUUGCCUUCCAUUUUUAACAAGAGGUUUAGUCCCUGCUGAUGGAAAUUGCACAUUUGCACCUCACAGUAGGUAUGCUGCUUUUAGAGACGUGGAUCGUGUUAUAUUGGCAAAAUACAAAUGCUGCUGACAAACACUGAUAAUAAUAUUGAGAAAAAAAAAAUAGGUUUAGUGUUGAAUCACUGUGUGCAUUACCAGAUGUAAUCUGCUCAAAGAGAAGCUGGCUAUAUGUGAUGUACAUAAAAGGUUUUUGGAAACGUCUGUUAAUGUUAAUAAGUAUUAACUAAAACAUCUGUUCAUUUUUCCUUUUGUUGUGAUGAAGCAAAACUAAAGAUUAAAG